CCCCAGGGCAAAAAAAAAAAAAGCUUAUAGCAAGCGAGCGACCCUUUUUUCUCUACAAGGGUCUUCUUCUUCUUCUUCUUCUUCCUCUUCGUCUGUUUUUUUUUGUUAUCUUCUUCAUCAGAUCUCCACGGAUCCUCUGUUUUUUGUUCGAUUCAAUGGGCGUUGAGGUUGUUAAUGGUGGAUUUGAGGUUGCUCCGGCUCCUUUCGAGGGGAAGCCUGACCAAGGAAAAGGAGACAAAGUCUCCAUCAAGUUUGGUUCACACGAUGAGCCACCAAAGAAAGCCGAAGAGAAUAACAAAGCGUUGAACGCUGAUGUACCAAAAGAUGCAGCGGAAGAGUGGCCUGCGGUCAGGCAGAUCCACUCUUUCUACUUUGUUAAAUUCCGUCAUCACGAGGACCCCAAAAUGAAAGCUAAGCUUGACGUAGCUGAUAAAGAGCUUAAGAAGUUGAACACUGCUCGCGCUGCUGUUUUGGACGAGUUAAGAAAUAAGAGGGCCGAGAGAUCAAAGUUAUUUGAACUGCUAGACCCGUUGAAGUCAGAGCGUAAGGGAUUUAACACGAUGUUUGAUGAGAAAAGAAAGGAAAUGGAACCAUUGCAGCAAGCUCUGGGAAAGCUAAGGAACAAUGAUGGUGGGAGUGCUCGUGGUCCUGCUAUCUGUUCGUCCGAGGAUGAGCUGAAUAGUAUGAUUUACAGCUACCAGUAUCGGAUUCAACAUGAAAGCAUUCCGUUAACCGAGGAGAAGCAGCUUCUUAAAGAGAUCAGGCUGCUUGAAGGGACAAGAGAUAAGGUCAUUGCUAAUGCGGCUAUGAGAGCCAAAAUCAAAGAAUCUAUGGGUCAGAAGGAUGAUAUCCAAGGUCAAGUUAAGCUAAUGGGUGCUGGUUUGGACGGAGUGAAAAAGGAGAGGCAAGCAAUUUCAGCAAGGAUUAAUGAGAUGAGUGAGAAGUUGAAAUCAACAAAAGAUGAAAUUCAGGUGCUGGAAACUCAGCUGAAUAAUGUGAGCGAGAAGAGAGACAAAGCUUAUUCAAACAUUCAUGAGCUCCGGAAGCAACGCGAUGAGACGAACUCUGGGUAUUACCAAAACCGUACUGUGUUGAACAAAGCUAGAGACUUGGCUGCACAAAAGAACAUAAGCGAGCUUGAGGCACUCUCCAAUGCCGAGGUUGAGAAAUUUAUUGCUCUUUGGUGCAGUAAGAAGAAUUUCAGAGAAGAUUAUGAGAAGAGAAGCUUGCAAUCACUUGAUAGUAGGCAGCUGAGCCGAGAUGGACGGAUGAGGAACCCUGGAGAGAAGCCUCUGAUUGCUCCAGAGGUACCACCAUUAAAGGCAACGCCUUCUGAGACUGAGGUUGUCCCUAAAGCUAAGGCAAAGCCGCAGCAGAAGGAGGAACCAGUCUCUGCACCUAAACCAGAUGCUAGUGUAGCUCAGAAGACUGAGAAAGCUAAAGAUGCUGUAAAAGUAAAGAACGUUGCAAAUGAUGAUGAUGAUGAUGAUGAAGUAUAUGGUCUUGGAAAGCAGCAGAAGGAAGAAAAAGCGGUCGAUGCAGCUACGGCGAAGGAAAUGAGAAAGCAAGAGGAGAUUGCCAAAGCAAAGCAAGCCAUGGAAAGGAAGAAGAAGCUGGCGGAGAAAGCUGCUGCUAAAGCUGCUAUAAGAGCUCAAAAGGAAGCUGAGAAGAAAGAAAAGAAGGAGCAAGAGAAGAAAGCCAAGAAGAAGACUGGAGGCAACACAGAAACCGAGGCUGAGGAAGCUCCCGAAGCUUCUGAGGCAGAGAAGGAGGAAACUGAAGCUCUGGUGCAGGAGGAGAAACCGCAGAAGGAAAAAGUCUUAAAAGAUAAACCGAUAAGGAACAGGAUCCGCAGUAGAGGGCCAGAAACGCUCCCGAGAGCGAUCCUUAAGCGUAAGAAGUCGACUAACUACUGGGUUUAUGCUGCUCCAGCUGCUCUUGUGGUACUGAUGCUUCUUGUCUUGGGUUACUACUACGUUCUCUAGAUGGAAUGGAGUGGUUAAGCGAAGCUGCGUUGUUGUAGUUUGAAAUACUUAAAAACUGGGAUUUUUGCCUUCUUGACUCUUUAAAAACUCAUAAGACUAUGCAUCAUUUACAUACGAGUAGAGACUCUCUUUUAAGAACUUUUACAUCUUCACUUCUUUGUUGCUUUCUCUUCUGUUGUUGAGGCUUUAACUUUGAAGGAAGAAGACAGUUUUUGUUA